CAACAAACUUCAUCGUUUUAUCGUCAACUGUUUAAUCACACCCCGUAUCAUUCCCUCGAACCGUCACUAUGGGCGACCUCGUUGAUUCCAUGCUUGACCUCCUACGACGGCUUCCCCCAACACAAAUCGAAGAGAAUGUGUCCGCACUAGUACAGAUCUGCCCAGACUACGCGGAUGAUCUCCUUGGAAGCGUUGAUCAGCCACUAAAGCUGAAGGUGGACAAGGCGACGGGAAGAGAGUAUCUUGCUUGCGACUACAACAGGGAUGGGGAGAGUUACAGAUCACCAUGGUCGAACGAGUAUGAUCCGCCGCUUGAUGAUGGCACCGUUCCGUCGCCCAAACUUCGCAAGUUGGAGAUCGCGGCCAACGAGGCGUUCGACACCUACCGCGAAAUGUACUUCGAGGGCGGUGUGUCUUCAGUGUUCCUGUGGGAUCUCGACGACGGUGGCUUCGCCGGCGUUGUGCUCCUGAAGAAGACUCUGAACCCGAUAUCACCAUCCGAACCAUCAGGUAGCUGGGACUCCAUACAUGUUUUCGAGGCCGCAGAACGAGGACGUCAGGCACACUAUAAGCUCACAUCGACGAUCAUGUUACAGCUAAUCACAAAACGAAGUGAUGAUGGCAUAGCACCGAGUACAGGCAAAGAAGGAGAGAGCUGGAAGCGCGACGGAGAAGUCAGUUUGAGCGGGAGUAUGACGCGACAGACGGAGCAGGACCACUCGCUGCAGGACGCGAAUUCUCAUAUCACCAACACAGGCCGUAUGAUUGAGGAGAUGGAAAUCAAGAUGCGCAAUCUCCUACAGGAGGUCUACUUUGGAAAGACGCGCGACAUUGUAUACGACCUUCGCAGUACAGAGAAUCUGGAGAAAGCGAGGAGACAGCGAGAGUUACAGAAAGAGCUGGUUGGGUUUAUCAAGAGAUAGAAGUCUACGACCAUGCCGGGCGCUAGAAUGAAAGGACUUGAUAUUACAAGUGGACCCGUUGAAAUACAUCACAGCAUUCUCAGAU